ACUUGAGAGUGUUUAUUUUCCUUGACUUGUGUUAACAACCUGAAUACAAUCUUAAAUGCAUAACAUUGAACCGUUCAAACUGCACACCUUGCAUUUUUUGAGAAAUCUGUGCCAUAUUUUGACGUUAUGCGGUUUGAAAUGACGCAUAAAACACUGAAGUAGUGACUACUAUUUAUAGGUUAUAAUCGGCAAGGUCAAUAGCGGCAACGGCGAACCAUAAAGUAAUAUUUAAUGCAAAUCUUAUGCAUCGGCUUCAAGUAACAAAUAUACGCGUAGAAAUGCCGUCAGGUCAAAUACAUCAAAGUAAUUUCGUCGGUACAAGUGAGAGUGUGAAUCCUGGCACAGAGAUAGCAUCAAUUUGUUGUACUCCUCCUCCUUCACAUCAUAAUAUUAAUUUACCUCUGCCACAUCCAUCUACUUUGACUAAUGAUCGUGGUGCACCUCCUUCCUAUGAAGAAGCCAUAGAUCCAAAUGCUCCUCCUCCACCCUAUGAUUCAUUGUUUGGUCGUAUGAGAGAAGCACAUAAAGUUUCAAAAGGAGUGUUUGAUUUUCUGAAAAAUAUUCUGCUCUUACUUUUAGGCACUAUUGGAUGUACUGUUGUCUUAGGAAUGACAAUAAUACUUCCAAUAUGUAUGAUGGUCAUUGGAGGACUUUAUCUUUAUGAUUGUCCACAAGGAGAAUAUAUUCCAGUUUAUUUACUAGUGGCUGGUGGUUUUGGCAUUUUCAAACAGUUACUAUAUUUAUCUGCAAGAGUGCGUCAUGGUCAAGAAGAACAAGAUGAAGAAAGAAUACGACAAUCUCCUAUUCAAACAUUAAUUGAUUGUUUUAUGCUUGGUUGGUUUAUCAUAGGUUCAAUGUGGGUGUAUAAAGAAUAUGAACCAAAUUAUGAUCCAGCUCUUGGAAAAUAUUGUAAUAAAACAUUAUAUUUAUUCGCCUUUGGGUUAAUUACAUGUGUUUACAUAUCAUGGGGUUUGUUAACAGUUUGUUUGUGCAGCAUUACAUUAGCAAACCUUGCAUUUCACUGGCAAUGA